UCGGUUCAUCGUCAUUUUUGCGAUGUUGUUCGCAAUUUUGUGGUUUUCGAUCCGGUAAAAGACGUUUUUACAGUUCCUGUUCCGUAUUGUACGACGGUAUCGAGCCAGGAAAUAGAUGUUUGGCAACUUAUACUUGUAUUAGAGCACUCAUAGAUAUCUUUUAAAAUGUCUGUGAGUGAAUGUGAAUUGGGACCAAGUACGAGUCGUGCGGCAUUUGCUGUCGGGGGAUCAGAAGAUGAAUACAGGCCGGACGUGGCCGAAUUUGCUUGGAAUAAUAUAGAACCUGGAUUGUUUACAAGGGUCGAUUCUGCUGACAUUAUCUUUAACACCACCAAGCAAGCAAAGAUAUACGGGAAAUAUUUAUUUGGAGAUAUCUUAGGAGAAGGCUCGUAUGGGAAAGUUAAAGAAGUUCUUGACACUGAAAGUUUGUGCAGAAGAGCCAUUAAAAUUAUGAAAAAACGGAAACUUAAACGAAUUCCAAACGGCGAAUCUAAUGUGAAAAAGGAGAUACAGUUGCUUCGGAAAUUGAAACAUAAAAACGUAAUUAACUUGGUGGAAGUGAUGUACAAUAAAGAGAAACAGAAAUUGUAUGUUGUGAUGGAAUUCUGUGUGGCAAACCUCCAGGAAAUGUUGGAUAAUGAUCAAAUGAAAAGAUUCCCAGAUUGGCAAUCACACUGUUAUUUUGUCCAACUGAUAUCGGGACUUGAGUAUCUUCAUAGUCAACAUGUCGUCCACAAAGAUAUCAAACCAAGCAAUCUACUUCUUACUAAUGAUGGAACAUUAAAAAUAACUGACCUUGGAGUAGCAGAAGAAUUGGACAUGUUCUCACAAUGUGACGCAUGUUUUACCUCGCAAGGUUCACCUGCAUUUCAACCACCAGAAAUAUCAAAUGGAGAUGAUUCUUUCUCGGGGUUCAAGGUUGAUAUCUGGUCAUCUGGUGUUACUUUAUACAAUUUUUGCACUGGCAAGUACCCGUUCGAAGGUGAAAAUAUUUACAAAUUAUUUGAGAAUAUAAGUCGAGGAACGUAUACAAUACCGGACCAUUGUGAAUCACAAUUGAAUUCAUUGUUAUCGGGAAUGCUGAAAUAUAAUGCAGAUGAAAGGCUUUCCAUUCAACAAAUAAAAAGUCAUGAAUGGGUAAAACGAAGACACCACAGAUUUGAACCACCAGUUAAAAUACCGGCAAACACAAACACAGAUGAUCCACACAGAGGAAUGACUGUUAUACCUUAUUUAGAGGAGUUACACGGUUACAACGACAAACCGACCCAAUCCCCUGGUGAGGAAGAGGGACUUCCCCUAAACUAUGAAUUCCGCCAAAUAUCGAGAAACGAUUCCCACCUGGGGAACCCCCACCACGGAGAAGAGCUAAUUAUCGGUACAAACUCAUUAUCAACUUUCAGCCAAGACAUCAAACCUCCACUGCCACAAAUGUUAGACUCUGAAGUCCGAACUAUUAUCAACAACGACUCACCUGCCUCUCUAGCACCACAUAGUGGUUCGGUUUCAAGCGCCAAUGGCCGAGUAAAUGAAAAUAAUGAAGCUUCUAACAAUAAGAGGGGUAGUAGUAAACGUUCUUCUUCUAAAAGCAGCAGCCAACGUUCGUCAAGAUCAUCACUACAAAAGUUUAAAUCAAUGUGCUCACAAUCUUAAGUAAACCCGCAUAGUUGGAUUCUUGAUCGUAAAUCGAGUUUUUGCAUCCCAAUGAUCCCAUGGUAAGGCGCAAUAAAGCGGGUCACAGGCAGGGGUGUAUCCAGGUUGGUGAAGGGGUCUGGACCACUCUUUUAAAAAAAAAAAUAAAAAAUGCUUUAAUUGCCGCAUACUGGUUUCUAAGCGUCACAUGAACUAAUGUUUCAAAAAACACUUUGACCUCCUUUUUUCAAAUUCCUGGAUACUUCCCUAGUCACAGGUACAUUUCGAUAGAUACAAUUGCUAACAGAUUGAAAUAUUUUUUUUUAAGUUCUCUCCCCUUAUAAAGGUUAAAAUCAGAAGACUGUCUUGCUUUCUUUAUGUGCAGCAAUUGUUGGCUGAAAUCCUGUGCAGAAUGUAUUGCAAAACUUUAUUGCAUUGUAUGCACCACUGUACUGCAUUCAACAUAUGGGUAAUGGUGCGAUUCAAUGUACAUACCCCACACUGUGAGCAAUUGCAUGGCAUGCCGCUGUCGCAGCAAUUAUUAUUUUCUCUUUUUUUACGUCAAAAGAACUGCUUACAUACCAGAUGUAUUACCCUGUUUUCAAAAAAUGAUUUAGUUAAAAACAAAUUCAUUUCAUGCAAUUGUUUGAGAUAUUUUUAUUUAUUAUUUUAGCUUCUGAUUAUGGACGCAAGACAAUACGUUCUCAGUAUUCAAACUUUGCAAAAACUGAAUACGUUACAAGCUUUUGCUGGAUAAGCUUUAAAUAAAACUGAAUGAAAUUGUAAAUUCAGUCAAAUUCUCUGCUUGAGAUUGUGAGAGUUUUUCACUAUUGUUUUGAAUAUUAAACUUGCACAUCAAUA